AUGCUUUUCUACCUCGUACAAGCCCUAACUAAUCAUCAUCAAAAGCUCGUAACUUGUUACGAAGACUACAAAAAUGAGUUGAAUCGUCUUCGUGGUCAACCAGAUCGUGGUGUUUCUGGAGCCUCUUCCUCUUCCAAUUCCAUUUGCUCUCUCUACGGCCUGGAGAGCAAUGAAGACGCCAACGCCUUCCAGCCCGGUCAUACACGAGGUACCUCAAAUGCCUCAUCAACUGACUCUUUUGACGAGAAAAAUCCUCCUGGAAAUCACCUUAGGAAACGCCAUGUUGACAAUGUGGCAUCUCAGUGA